AUGGAGUCUCUCUCUUGGCUGUUGAGCAGACCUUCCUCCACAAAUAAGACAUUGUCGCCUCCGCUAAACUUUGUGGCAAAUGAUCUAUUUCGCACUCCCGAGGUCGAUGUGAGAAGGCUAUCUAUCUAUCUAUCUAUCUAUCUAUCUAUCUAUCUAUCUAUCUAUCAAUCUAUAUAUCUUUCUCUCUAUGUUAAUUAUCUAUCUAUAUAUCUAUCUUUUUCUCUCUCAGUUUAUAUCUAUCUAUAUAUCUAUCUAUUUGUUUAUAUCAAUCUAUAUAUCUAUCUAUAUAUAUUUAUCUCUAUGUUAAUUAUCUAUCUAUCUAUCUAUCUAUUUGUUUAUAUCAAUCUAUAUAUCUAUCUAUAUAUAUUUAUCUCUAUGUUAAUUAUCUAUCUAUCUAUCUAUCUAUCUAUCUAUCUAUCUAUCUAUCUAUCUAUCUAUCUAUAUUUUCAUAUCUGUCUGUGUCAGUCUAUCUAUCCAUCACUUCUAUAUAUCCCUCUCUGUCUAUUCAUAUCUAUCUAUCUAUCUAUCUAUCUAUCUGUCUGUCUGUCUGUCUGUCUGUUUUAUAUUUCUAUUGUUAUCUAUCCACCUAUCUGUCGAUCGAUCAUCGAGCAAAUAAGUCUAUCUAUAUAUAUAUAUUUCUUUUACACUCUCUCUGUUUCUCCUGUUUUCUCAUCACCUACUCUAUUUUCCCAUCUAUCUAUGUUUGUCCAAUUUCUUUGUUUUUUGACUUUCACUCACUCUUUUUCCCUUUCAAAUUUUCUCACUUUUUCUCUCAUUUUUCUCAUCACUCACUCUAUUUUCUCCUCUCUCUGUGUCUAA